AUGCAUCCAUUCUGGAAGCGUCUCAUUCUCCUCGGCCUGGUGGCCCUUUCCUUGGUGCUGCCCAGGCAGCCCUGGCCUGGCCUGGCCCAGGCCCACACAGAGAGCAGAUCCAUCCUGGCAAGAAUUCUCCUCCAGGGCCUCUCGAGGAACAAUGCUGAGGGCCGGAUCCGGGGCCUCCCCCUCCUGAACAGUCUGAAUGUCUCAAGGCAAGCAGCCCCUGGGAUGGUGGGCUGGCUAAUCGGCUGCAGGGGCCUCCAGAUGCAGCAGCAAGACAGCAUCAAUAUCACCAACAUCCAGCUGCCAUAUGGCAGGAUCCAAGUGUCUUUCCAUAAAGAGUGGUUCUCGGCAAAUAUCUCACUUGAAUUUGACAUCAGAUUUAAACUGCCCUUCAAUAACAAUAUUAUACCGCUGCACACAAGCACAAGCCUGAUUGUGGAAUUCUGGCUGGAGAAAGAUGAGUUUGGACGGCGAGAUCUGAAAAUAGGCAAUUGCUUUGCAGAGCGCAGCAUUGUCGACAUGAUGAUCCUAACUGAGGAUAUUUCAAUGAAGACGAAAUAUUUUCUCCAAAACCUCAUAGUGAAGAUGGAGAAAGUUAUUCCCCACCUAGUAGCAAGUCAGGUGUGCCCUCUGAUGGACGAAAUCCUCAGACAGCUAGAUGUGAAACUGCUGAAAAGUUUUCUGAGUGACUUUCUGUGUCCCUAUGGGAAAAGCUGCUUGGGCUUGGCCAAUGGCUGGAAGAAGUGCCCCCUCCCUAAGGGGUGUCUGCACAUGCUCUGA